UCUUGAAUAUCUAAUGGAGCUAAUCAAGUAUGUGUAACACUUGAUUCACAAUUAUGCAAGAUUCUGUUAAUAUUAGAAUAACACUGAAAGUGUCAUUUUCUUUUUCCGAGGUACUAUUUUGGAAGUUGAGGGCAGCAAUAUUUGUGUGUGCAUACAUACAGGUCAUCUCCAUCACAAAGUAUUUUAGAAGUUAGAUUUGUACAAGAUCAUUAUUAUUUACGUAUAAAAACGACGACACCAAGCUCAUUUCCUCACUCUUUCCUCAAAAGUGAGACAAAUAUGGCUGCUUCUUUUGUCUCCUAUCACGCUUGCUACAGUAUCAGUUACUCUUUAGCUAAGCAGAGUCAGUAUCUGAGCAAGUCCAAACUGCCAAAACCCGAGAGCAGCAGAAAUGGAUGCGGAUCAACUGGUGCAAAGAUUAAUGCUGUGGCUGUCACAGAGACUCUGGACACGAAAGUAAUGCAGACACGACAGAAUAUCCCGACGUUUAAGCAGUUUGCUGAUCCUCAUCGUCAGGCACUUAUCAUUGAUAAUGGUGUUACGUAUAGACAGACGGUGGUUAUUCGUUCUUAUGAAGUUGGGCCAGACAAAACAGCGACUCUGGAGAGCAUCCUUAACCUUCUUCAGGAAACAGCAUUGAAUCACGUAUGGAUGUCGGGUCUUCUUGGAGAUGGAUUUGGUGCUACACAUGGAAUGGCAAGAAACAAUCUUAUGUGGGUCGUCUCAAGAAUGAAGUUACAAGUGGACCAUUAUCCAAUAUGGGGAGAAGUGUUGACACUUGACACCUGGGUUGGAGCAUCAGGGAAACAUGGGAUGCGAAGAGACUGGGAACUUAGAUCACAGGCCACGGGUGUUGUAUUUGCUCGCGCAACAAGUACAUGGGUAAUGAUGAACCAGAAGACUAGACACCUCUCAAAAAUGCCGGAUGAAGUGAGGGCGGAGAUUUCACCAUGGUUUAUUGAGAAGCGAACAAUUAUUGAAGAUACUCCCGAGAAGAUUAAGAAGUUGGAUGACACUGCAAAACAUGCCACCUCAAGCUUGAAGCCCAAGAGGAGUGACUUGGACAUGAACCACCAUGUAAACAACGUCAAGUAUGUAGGAUGGUUGCUAGAGGCAAUGCCAGACAAGUUUAUGGAUGAGCACCAGCUGUGUGACAUUACAUUGGAAUACAGGAGAGAAUGCGGAAGUUCUGAUAUCAUUCAGUCCCUUUCUGAACCUGAUGAAGAUAACAGUAUCAAUGGCACUUUGAAAUAUACACAUAUUCUGCAAACAAAAGGAGAACUCAGGAACGAGGAGAUUGUUAGAGGAAGAACUACAUGGAAAAAAAAACAUUCCAAUACGCAAUUUCCUAAGUAUUAAACCGUAUAUACUUAUGCAUAAAAUUUUAACUUAGUUGAUUCAUAAACACUUGAACAGCUUCUUUUUUUCUGGCCAUCUUGGUUUUUUCUGUUCUUGAUAUAUUGUAUAAAUUAUGCGCUAUUUUAUGCAAACAAGUUUGUUGAAGUCUGCUAUUUAGGGCU